UUCAUUUUAUACGCGAUUCUUGUUUGAAAGACAGUACUUCACGUGCAGAUGUUCGAAGAUAGCUCGCUCCAACAGAUGUGCUGUGAUCUCCGCUUUCGACUGCUCCGUUUUCUUUGCAAAAUUUUUCCUGAUCAAUCUCCAUCAUUCAAUAAAAUACAGGAACAAAAUACUUUGUUUCUGCUACGUAUAAUCAAGCCCCGGAUCAUCAACCCGGCAAGGGAGUCUUGCUUUUAUACACAUUUAUCCUCGGACAGAAUGGCUCGUGGACAACAGAAAAUUCAGUCACAAGCUAAAGCAGCUGAAAAAGCUGCAAAAGUAAAAAAGCAACAAGGACACAGUGCCAAUGAACAAAAAAAGGCUGCUCAAAAAGCUUUAAUACAUGUAUGCGUAGUUUGUAAGGCACAAAUGCCAGAUCCAAAGACAUACAAACAACACUUUGAAAAUAAACAUCCAAAAAAUGAUUUACCAGAUGACUUAAAAAAUAUAUGAGAGUAAAAGAUUGUGUAAGCUUGUAGAUUGGGAUGGAACAAGAGCAACAAAAGAAAAUUACUACAAAUGACAAAGUGAUAUAGUUCAAUGUUCAACUAAUCAUCAAAUAGUCUCAA